AUGAAGUCGAAAAAACCCCUGGGAUUGAUUGUGCCCCUGCUAAAGAGGUCACCAGCGCUAAAGCAUUUUUCUCUGCCCACAAAGGGCGUUCUGAAUCUGCGUGAUUUGGAAAGAGUGGGAACGCUGGGACGUGGUAGUGGAGGCAUUGUUUACAAAGCUCUCCACUGCAAAUCUUCCUCUUACUGCGCUCUCAAAGUCAUCUGUGUGGACCUGCAUGAUUCAUCCCUCAUCACCAGGGAGAUGGACAUCCUUAGGAAAACUGAUUGUCCCUACGCUGUCAAAUGUCAGGAUAUCUUUCACCAGGGAGGGAACAUUAAUUUUGUGCUGGAAUACAUGGAUGGAGGCUCCCUUGGCGAUUUGUUAAGGCACCAGACAAGGAUGAGCGAAUCCUGCUUGGCUAAGGUUGGCCGACAAGUGAUGGAGGGAUUGGGAUACCUUCAUAGCGAGGGGAUUGUUCACAGAGACAUUAAGCCAUCCAAUAUCUUGAUUAGCAAGAAUCUCAAGAGAAUUAUAAUUGCAGACUUUGGGGUGAGCAGAUUUGUAUCGCCAACCACAGAUCCCUGCUGCAAUUCCUAUGUGGGAACAUGUGCUUACAUGAGCCCCGAGAGAAUCGACCCAGAGAGAUAUGGUGGAAGAUAUAAUGGGUAUGCAGGAGAUAUCUGGAGCUUGGGAUUGACAUUGCUGGAAUGCUAUGUGGGUCAUUUUCCGUAUCUAACUGCAGGAGAGCAGGCAGAUUUGUAUGCCAUAUGUGUUGAAGACCCGCCCACUGCGCCCUCCAGUGCGUCUGCAGACUUUCGGAAUUUUAUCGGAUGUUGUCUUGAAAAGAACGUAGAUAAGAGAUGGACGGCCUCGCAGCUUGUGAAGCAUCCAUUCCUCAACAGAAGUUUACAAGUUGAGGGGCGCUGCAGUCCGUCAUUGUCGUUCCGUUGCCUCAUUCUUGCAAUUACAUCUUUUGACAGGCUGAGGAUCCUUGGACGCCAUCGUUUGCCAACCGUUUGA